ACUCCUAUAGGGAGCGGUAUAUCUGACACCGUCCCGGGGGGUGGGGGGUGACUGGGGUUUGCUUCCUCGGAGCAGGCUCUGGGUGUUCCCCUCCCCCCCCGGGGAGUGAGUGCGGGGUGUGUUCCCCUCCCCCCCCGGGGAGUGAGUGCGGGGUGUGUUCCCCUCCCCCCCCCCGGGGAGUGAGUGCGGGGUGUGUUCCCCUCCCCCCCCCCCCAGGGAGUGAGUGCGGGGUGUGUUCCCCUCCCCCCCCCCAGGGAGUGAGUGCGGGGUGUGUUCCCCCCCAGGGAGUGAGUGCGGGGCUCCCCCCAGGGCGGAGUGGAUCCCCCGAGUCUCAGCGGUUGCUCAGGGUGAGGAGCCGCCUGUACCUGAGCUCCUGGAUCUCACCAUGAACCUGAAACUGGAGGUCCUGCUGUCCUCCAGCAUCAGGCACAAGAAACCGUGGCGACGGCUCUCCUGGAUCGGAGAGGAGAGAGAGGCUAUUCUGCUAUCUGCUGAGCAGCACCUGAGCAUACUCACCCUAUCAACAGGGAGGACCCGUCGAAGGAUACCGAAAUUACAGCACUUGCUGAAGAACAUGCUGAGUGUUACCACCUCUGCUAAUGGUGCCUGGUUACUGGGACUGCUGAGUUCUGGAGAACUCUUUCUUUGGAAGAAGGAUGCUGACUCUUUGAAGACCGUUCCAACAGUACCCGGCAUGAGCACGAUAGCAGCAACUGCCCGUGAAUCUGCUACGAAGCCAUUUCUGUUUGUUUCGAGGGAUGGGAAGAGAGUCCUUGUGGCCAGUCAGACUGGUGUGGUGUUCCUUUGGGAAAGUAUGGAAGAACAAGAGUUGACCUCUGUCCCGGAGACUCGGCUCAGCGGCAGGUGGGCCCAGGUGAUGGUUGAUGAGAAAGUCAAACUUCCCCAAGCUGACGAUGAGGAGAGCACAGUCCAUGCUGUCUUUCACACUGAUGAGGUGCUGGGGGAUUGCUGCUUCUGUUCCUUUGUCUUUACAUCCGGAGAGGUCCUGCUGCUGACCACACUGAGAAUGAAAUGGUUUGAACAAAUGGAGAAGUGCAUGAGUGCAGCCCCAUUCUGCGCCCAGUGGGUAACACAAACAUAUUCACUCGGAGCUUUGAGCCCAGUGUGUAAUGGAUUGAAAUCGAGAGGAGCGCUGUUAGCAGCUUUCUCCAGGGACAGCCUGCUGCUUGCAGUCAUCAUCAACCAGAAUGAUCCCAAGGCCACCCAGGUGCUGUUUGUGAACCCACUGAGUGAUGUGACAGUAUCUAGCAGUCUGCAAGGCUGUGGCAGCAAAGGGCAGCCUGUGCCAGGCAGGUAUCUCAGAUCCUAUUGGGUUGGUGCGGUGAGCUGGACACAUGAUGGCCUCUUCCUGGCAUGUAUGCUGAAACGUGGGGCCUUGCUGUUACUGACCCGGCUUGGCGAGCUGCUAUCCAUCACCACAUUCGGCUGCUCCGUGGAGUUUGGGCCAGCAGAGUACAUCCCACUCCAUCCCUUAAUCACCUACAGACCACCUCAGUCCCUGCUUCUGAGCGUCAAACAUACAGGUUCUGAUGGCUCUCCUACCUCUGAAGAUGACCCAAUGAGUCAGUGGUUUUCCCUGGCAGCCCACCCUCGUUUACCCUACCUCAUUGUAUCUGAUGGUUACAUGUUUACCCUGCUGCGUUUUGCAGCGAAUUAUUCUGCAUCGUCUGUUUUAAAGACCCUUCUUCUGGAGGUGACUCAAGAUCUGAAUGAUGUGCGACACUCACUAAUGAACACUGAGCGUAACGAUGUGAAGCACCGUUUACAACCCAUGUCGUCCCUAAAAGGAAGUUUUCUGCGGGAAUGGGAAAUGCAAGGGCCUGGAUCAUGGAUGUCCCCCUCAUUCUUACAGGAUGAGACACCAACAAGUGGUCAGGUUGAUGAAGAUGAUGAUUCUGAUGAUGAUGCUCCACACCUCCCUGAUUACUCGAGAUUCCAGGACUCUCACGGGAACACCAUGGAGCAGGGCCACUUGGAGUUUGCCUCCAUGUUCGAUACACUGCAUGCCCAGCAGGGCGAGCAAUCAGACAACCUUGAGGGGAAAUUCCGCCAGAUGCAGAACAGCCUUUUGGAGGCCUGGAGUGUGCUUGUUUCAGUGAAGGAAAUGGAAGGCAGGCAGCACCUGCUUCAGUACACAGUGGAGGCCUUGCUGCAGUUUGCUCACCUUCUUCCAUUCGCCCCAGCUUCCCUCCCGAGCUCAGCGAGAAAGGGAAAGAAUAAGUUGGUGAAGAAAGUCUUGAACAAGAGCCCAGGGCUGUACAGGAUAUUUCAGCUCUUGCAGUAUUGUUUAACUGUCCUGCACUGGGACGGGGUGCACAAGAAUUCACUACAUCAUGCUGUGAGACUUGCAGCAGACAUUGUAAAGUUAAUACUCUCUCAGAAGCUAGAAUCAAUCUCGAUCUCUCUGUCACUCCUUGGCAGUUUUAUGAUACUGAAGUUAGCAGCGAGACAUCUGGAUGCAGUGUACUGCGUUCAACCUUGGGCAUUCUUAGGGCACACGUGGAACAUGGUGUGUGAUUCUCACCAAGCAUCAGCAGGUCCCAAGGACAAGUGCUCCCUCCCCAGCGUGUUUGAGCUGCCUUCCCAUACAGUACAAACCACACAGCGACCAUCAGACAGGUUGGCCAUCGCAUGGCGCGUGUUGUACCAGCAUGCUUUGCAGCACCGUUUCCAUAUACGGGAAUCCCAACAGCAACUGAAAAAAAACAACAGCAGAAAGUGCCUCCAUAGGGAGGACGCCGUCGUAACUGCUCUCCUGUCCCAGAUUCAGGCAAAAUUACAGACCAUGGGAGACAGACUGGGACAAAACCGGCAGCUCAUGCCUCUUGCAGGUGAGGAGAGCUUUCUUCUGGGCUCGUACCUGGAGGCCGUGCACAUCUGGAGAGCUGCGCUUCAAGAGGAGAUGGGCAGAGAUGGGAGGAGAGUGAGUUACUUACAGACCCGAUACAGCCUGGCCAUUCUGUACACCCACCUCUACCUCUACAAUCUCACAGCUGCUCAAGACUUUUGCGAAUACCUUGUAAGACAGAUGUUAAACCAAGAGAUGCCUGGGCCGGUACCGGACGUCUCGGUGGUGCUUGAUGUUGGGCUGGAUGCUGCUCUCGCUGUGAUACAAUCGCUUGCCCGUUUCAUGGCUCUGUACUUCAGUAACCAGCCUGUGUUUGUGAUGCCACCUCACCAUAUCGACACCCUGCCACCUCUACAUUACAAAGCAGGUUGCUUUCCCCGAGUGGUGUUCCUGCGGCAGUGCGGUGUCUCACGGGCAGUACGAGAACAGCAGCUGUCCUCCACCUGGAGUGUGAAGUACACUGUCGAACUGCUGCUGCUCAGCAGGCUGUUUCCUGAAGCUGUCUGGUUUGCCUCCUGUCUUGGGGACUGGAAGAGUUCUGUGGUGCUGGGGCUGGCUUUCAGUCUGCACUGCCAAAACCUCCCUGAGCCUAGCAGAAGGAACUGGCGGAUCCUGCAUUUACCUGCGGCCCUGCAGCCCUCCCGAAUCUUCCAGGAUAAACUGCAGGCUCUACUGGGCUGUGCCCACCUCAGGGUGGUCUCUGUGGAUGGCUGCACCAUGGCAUCAGGAAAUGACUCAAAACAAUCUACAGAUUCCAUUGAGGAAGGGGAUGAAGAUGUGUUGUUUCUCUCAGUCCAGGAGAUUUUGAGAGCAGCGGGAAUGGUCAAUGCAGAUGUGCUGACAGAGACCUUUCAACUUUUGAUGGAUGCAGCAAAGGAGCAUGGGAGCACCCUGCCUGGGCUGGUUCCUGAUGGCCAGUACCUCCCUGCACCUCCGUUAUAUUGUCCUCAACCUGCUAUUGACACGGAGAGCACUGCUCAGGAUUCCGGAUUAUACGCAGAGAAAGCUGCUCGGCACAAAUUGUCAGACAUCAUCCAGCGGCACCUUCUGCUAUUCAGGGCUGCUCGCUGCUCGCUGCCAGCAGCACACUGGUACAUCAACAAACUCCGAUCUGCUCAGAAGGUCAUGAAUAAGAUCAGAGGAAAGGCUGGUCUCCAUCCACUCCCUCCCUUCCCUGACUCGUUGCUACGUUAUGGGAAAGCUCGGAGCAGUUUCUUCAGACCGGGAGCCGGGGGCGAUGCAAGCUCUGAUGCGAUCUCCAGCGCAGUAAUCAGCUGUUUUCGAGACCUGUGUGGAUUGUGCUGGAUGUUCCAUGUCCGUGAAAGACUGAGUGAGAGCUGUCGCAAAUAUCAAAAAGCCAGAGACAAUACCAGAUCCUCUCAGAACUACGAGGUGACAACAGAUUAUGAUGCUGCUGUGGUUGACCACUGUCUGAAUUCCCUGGAGUGGGCUUGUCGAAUGCUACCCUUCGCUAGGUUCCUGAAUGUGGAGGAGUUGAUACAGGACAUCAUCCUCAGCUUGGUUAGUGAGCUGCCUCCAAUCAGAAAGGUUGCUGAGAUCUUGGUCAAGGCCUUUCCUGAUGUGGAAGACGUUCGAGUGUCUCUCAGGGAUAAAUAUCACUCCCUGCAGCAUCACCUCCGUCACAGCACAGUACCAGGCCUUAAUAAAGAUGAGAUGAUGUCAGUCCUGCUGCAUGAGCUUCAUGGACAGAGGAUGAAGUUGAUGAAGAGGGCAGCACAGACCAUUGGUCCCACGGAACAGCACAUUUGGGAACGAGCAGAUGAGAGCUUGAGAGACCAGGAGGACCAGAUGUACGAUCGGUUCUCCUUGGGGACAAGUCUGAGCAGAAACUCUUUAACAGACACUGGACAAGGUCAAAACCAGGGAGAUGGAGACACAACAGACAAUAUCUCAGAGGAUCUGCAGGAUCAGAGUGAACACCAGGAUAGAAUCCAACAGUUACUAGGAACUGGUAACAGGAACUCACCCAGCAGGAACAAUGGGCUGGGUUACCUACAGCCUGCUGAGUCCAGAAAGGAUGAGGUGCACACAGCCUGCCUGCCUGUUGUUGGAUCAUGGGAGUUUGAGCGUGAUGAUGAGGAGUAUGUGAAGUUCCUGGAGCUGUUCCUGAGCUACCUGUUGGAGAGAGACUGGGUAGUGAAUGAGGGCCCGGCUGUCCCACUGCUAAGCAGCUGCUCAGUCUUCCUGAGGGAACAGGAGCUAAACUCACUGGCAUUCCAGGUCCACACCACCUUAAAGAGGAGACAGAGCAAGUCGAGAGCUGCUGACCAGCUCACCAGGACAGACAACAGUUCUCUCUUAAUGUCUGUGUUGCAUCAAAACAAGAAGCUGAGCUGUGGGGGAGGAUCAAAACCCCCAGGCUCUUCACCCAUUCAACGGAUGUCCCACUCCACUGGCUACCCUGAAGAGGUGACAAAAGAGUUCAGUACCCACAGCUACUUCCCUGCUGCUGGCACUCGAGGCAGGGCGAGGGGCAGAGGCUUGUUUGGGUUAAAGUUGCACUCUUUGCCCAGUCAGUUAAAUGUGUUCCAUCACUGGGAAACUGCUUCUCAGCCUGCCUGCUGUACUGAGGAGCCCGGGACAGCAGACCACACUCGCUGCUCAUCACUCUCUGCUCUGUUAGAAGAUGAGCUCACCUCCGAACUGGAGAUCAAGUUCCAGGCGACAGCGAAGAUCUUGGAGUGGAUGAUCCGAUGGGCUGGACGGAGGCUGCUGAGGGGCCCUCACAAAGUGGAGAAAUUACUGGAGCACAACACAAACAUACGGGUCGAAACGUCAAUGCCAGUCAUUCUCUGCUCAUUGUGGUUGUUGGAAAGGGAGCUGGGGGCCAAGGCUCUGGAUAGGCAGAACAACAAGAAUGUGGAGAGCCAGUUGAUGGAGCAGCCCAGACUGAAGCUAGACAGAGAAACCAGCGUGGACACAGGCUACCCAGCAUCUCUGGGGACUCCGGUCAGAGGCUUGGAGGCUGAUCUGAAAGAACAUAUUGGACCUGUUGUACAGUCAGGACAAGAUCUCAGUCACUCCAACCAGAGUCACCAGCAGGAACUGACUUCGGACUCUGACAGUGGAACAGAGGAGGAUGUUCUGGACAGAGGAGAUCAGGAGAACGGCAUUCUCAACCACGGCAAUCAAUGUGAAGGGCUCACUCAGACACAGCUGAAUGGAUAUGAGGAGGUGGGGGUGGAGGGCCGCGAUGCUGAUCAAAGAGCCUGCACUCCCUUCAGCCCCUAUAUAUCGAUCAGCAUCAAGCCCAAGCCCAGAACUAGCACCAGAGACAAGAUCGAGCACAGCUUGGGAAUGGAGACUCCCCAGGAGCAGUCCAAGAGAAAACAACUUGGAGAACAGGAAGAGCAAGUGAAAGGAGAAGAAACUGUGAGGGAGCAGGGAGAAGGGCUCACUGGCGAUUGCAGCAUCUCUCAGAUCACAUCCCAACAUGUGAAGCCAGACACAGACAGCUCUGACCUUUUCCCCCUCCAGGCUGCUCCCUCCCAGUUGCAGCCUGUUUUAAAUUGUCACUCUGUGCCCAGUCCGCCCACAUCAGUGCCUGUGUCGGUGCCAGCUGCUACCCAGACGGUGAAUCCUGAUGGUCAGCCUGUCAACGUGUCCGAUCUCUGCCGACAAAUGCUCCACGAUGAAAUGUCAAAACUGGUUCAGCUCCAGCAAAUCAACUUCAUGUCCUUAAUGCAGAUGGUUGGACCCUCAGUGAUGAACCAUCCCAACCUCGAGCAGCAGCUUCCACCCAUUCACAACCGGAAUCAGGCUCCUCCAGAACCUAAUCCGAACACCAAGUCAGCUGCGACCAGUCAGCUUCCUGCCCCGGGAGAGAGCCAGUCUCAGAAAGCAGUCAUGAAAACCAGUCUACAACAGGACACUUUAACUCAGCCAGAGGCAGUGUUCCAGCCACAGGAAGGUGAUGUGCCUGGCCAGCCGGGGAUCACAGUCUGCCAGAGCAGUUCCAAUUCUGUCCGCCCUCCCCUCCUGCUGCCUCCCAGGGCUCAGCCGCCUGCCACAGUCUUUCAGUUUUCUGCUGGGUUGCAUUCAGCAGCCCCUCUCCCACUGCUGCGAUUACAGCCUCACUACGAGCUGAGGGUUCCCCCUCCAUCCUCUAUCAAGAUGGCCAGCUCCAUCUCUUUGCUACGGCCCACAAGACGGGAAGCCUGGGUCCCCAGACUGGAGCCCACUCACCAUCCUCAGCCUGGCUUUCCAGCCCACCUGAACUCCUCUGCCUACGAUCCUGGGGCCGUGCAGAAAGCCAUGGAAGAGGAGAAGAGGAAGGAGGAAUUGGUUCGCAAAGGCCCACCCAAACAUCUGAACUUGGAGCAGUAUCAGCGGCCAGCAACUUCUCAUCAGAAUGACUCUCCAACACGUCUCCCUCGGCACUGUGCAGAGAAGGCCCAGAGAGGGGUCCACCGUCCAUCCUCUCACACAGACUCCACACCAAUAUUUGGGCUUCCUCUCCUCCAUCUCCCCCAGCCGACCCACAGCACACUCUUCCCUCCAGCAAGGCAGUGGCUCGCGCCUGAGGCUGAGUCUGGGCAGAAAUGGCCAUCCUCCAUACCAUCGGAUACAGGUCCCAGACGCCAGCAGCAACGUCGCAGCUUCGGUCAUGAGACACCGGUGUCAAUGAUCCACCCUCCAAGACUCAUACCAGCUCAGGACCUCGUUGCAUUUGAGCAGCGCCGACUUUGUCGAUCUCAACAACUUGCCAGACAGCAGCAGCCUGAAACCUUCUUCCUUCUGAAGGGCAACAUUGAGCCAUUUGAGUCCCGGACUAGCUAUGACAGUAAGAAGAGGUUAAAGAGACGGGGUGAGAGAAGAAGAGCAGAAAAGACCAUCAGCAAACCCACUCCGCCAUCACAGCAGCAAGGCCCCCCUGAUCCCCCACAGACUGUGAAGAUUGAAAGCAGAGUCUGUGUGGAUCCAGGAGACAGUCAGUCAGCACCUGAUACUUCAGGAAGAUUUAGCCUCUCUCUGGGUCCGUGUGAUACUCGCCUGGGGGACCAGCUCUGUCCGUUAGCAACACCAGCAGAGUUGCAUUGCUUUGCAUCCACCAGGAAGAAUGCGAAAGAAAGACAAGAUGCCAGCACCAAUACGGAGCAGGGUCCAGCGCCUGAGCUGCUGCCACCUCCAGCUGCUAAAUCCUACAAGGAUGCUGGAAUCCUCACCUGCUCUGAGAUCGGGAAUGAUCAGCCGAUCACUGCUACUGCAGCUGCUAAAUCCUACAAGGAUGCUGGAAUCCUCACCUGCUCUGAGAUCGGGAAUGAUCAGCCGAUCACUGCUACUGCAGUACAAACCACACCUGUCAGUCCUCCUGCAGUCCAACUUGUUCCUCCAGAUGUGUUCAUGAACCUUCGGUUCCCUAAUGAAGUGUGUCAGAAACCUCUCCUCACACCGACUUCUCAUGAGACAUCUGACCAAGCUUUGUCUGGUCACAAGUUCCUCAAUGUCAUGGACAUUGAUGCUGUGGAGGUACUGACUAGCCUUCCAGGCUGGACAGGUGGGACUGAGCUGCUACCUUCAUCAGAUAAACAGGAGAUAUCUGUACCUGGACUGCACCUCAUGGCUGCCUCCGUCACAAAUGCUGUACAUCCAGCUGUUUGCCAGCAACAAGGGAGCCGGUCCCUCAGCCCAGGGCAGCCCCAGGGUGAAGAUUGGAAUCAGCAGCUGCCGGAAGAUGAUCUCACACAAAGACUCAUGCAACAGGAGAGUACCCGUGUCUGGACACCUCCACAAACCUCUGCCCACAUGGUGGGCACAAGGCAGACCCGGGCACAACUCAGUGAAAUGGCACACCAGCUGAGUGCCCUGCAAGAUAUGGCAGAGAACAUGGAACAGGACUUUGCCAACACUAAGAUGCUUAUAAAUACCAUUGAGCAUCUGCACAGCGCCAUGAAGCCUGAGGAGCAAGUGGAAUGUUCCAGAACCUGCAGCCUUUCUCCUCUGGAUGCAGCCGGUGCCGAUCAGAAGGACAGAGCUCAGGAGCGGUGUGUGAGGGCUACUGCAGGAUCUCGUGUGUGUGCAGACUGGCAUUGUCGCUCUCCCCGACUCGGUGCUGAGGACGCAGCUGAGGAGCAGUGUUAUCCAAAGGCUAAGACGACUGUGAGAUCAGCCAUGAGCCCAGAUUGGCACCGACGCACACCCCCUCUCGCUGUCAAGGACCUGCACCUGUCUCCCGCUCGUCAUCAGCUGAGCAGAGAAACUGCAAGCUCCUGGGAUGAUCCACUUCACCUCAGUGGACUCAGCGGGGUCAGUGACAUUGUAGCUGACCUGUUUAAUGAGGGAAAAUUGUCCACGAAAGGCCUGGGCCUGUCUGAACAACAAAUUGAGAAACUCUCCAGGUAUUCUAAGCCUGCAAAACGAAGUGUGCCGGAACAGAAGGAGAUUCAAGAAUGGAUGAAACACAAGAGACAGCAGAGGUUUGCAACAUAUCGACAACACCGAGAAGAUCUGAGGAGUAAGGAGCGAUCACCGUACUGUGCCAAGGAGAGACAGAAGAAAAUCACAAACAAAGAAAUUAAACAACACCAGAAGAAGACUGCAGUAAAGAACAGGGUAACUCUAGCUGUGAACCAUGAACAGCGAACACAAGCAGCACUUAACUUGAUGAAUGAGAUGUUGUGUGACACCAUUCAGCUUCCAGCCACUCGUUCACGAGCUCCGAGGGAACGGCUACUCAAGUCAACUCAAAGCACUCAGUCCCGGCCACACACCACACAAAGAGGGAGGUGUGCAGCAUCUCGCAGUCUCUCAGCUGGUCGGGCAGAGCACAGUUUUGCAGGAACCUAUUCGAUGGUGACUCGGUGCCGUUCUAUGUCUGCAUCACCUGGACCCGGGAGACCCUCAGACUGCCAUCAGACCUCAGUCAGACCUUCCUUCCAAAUUCCAUACUCCACACAAGAUGAAUCCAGCUCAGACGCUGACUCCCUGACCCACUGGACCCCCCCAGAGCAGAUUCGUCAGAUUCUGGAUCGUGAGGAUGACCUGUUCCUGCAGGUUGCUGAGUUGCCGAAGGCAGCUAGCCCAGACACUGCAGCUCAGUCUGACAGCAGCAGCAGCGGGAUCCUCAGUAAUCUGGACUGGAUAGCAGUGAACAAGAUGCUGGCCAGUGUGGAACAGCCCUGAACUGUGCAACACUCACCCACAAAGACAUCACAGCUCACCACAGGUCACCCCUGUUGCUGGGACUGAGUGUCGCCAUCUGUAGGAAAGACACCAACUUACAGGCCACCGUGACAAGGAGUCGAAAUAAACCCAGCCUCUGGACAGUUCCACAGGGCCUGCUGAAUAAAUACACCUCACUGCAACUGUUGUCUCCCCUUUCCACGUUUGACACAUGGGGGAGUA